AUGGGUGCUGUCGAUACAGUCAUCCCCGGAUAUGUGGAUCAUCUGGCCACCAACGAGGAUUAUACUUGGGAGACGGGGACAGAUAUCCCAAACCAGUUAUUUGCAUGGAAACGCUUCUACCUGGCUGACGGAAGUGUUGUUGCCUGUGUGGGAAGCAUGAUGAGCCUUUGGGGUGGUAUCAUUGGAAAUGCCGUUCGCACAAUGCGAGCCCAGAACAACAUAUCCAACGUUCUUUACAUGGGCAAAGCAGGUUCAUUGAGAACCCAGGAUGUGCAAAAUCAGGUGCUAGUCACUGGCGAAUGA